AACUUCGGGGAAAAGGCUCGGCCGACUUUCCGCCGCGGCUCCGCCGUUCCCUCUCGGCUGGGACCGUCCGCGCCUCCAUGCUCUCCCAGUACGGGCACCGCGCCCUGGGCGCGCUGAUGCUGUUGGGCACCGCGGCGGGCUUGACGGCCGUGCUGGCGUCGAUGCUCCUCUUCCAGAUCCAGGAGGGCAACGCCCAAGGCCACUCUGCCCUGUUCGAGCGAGAACGCGCGGUGCUGCGGCCGCUCUCCGCCGCCCUGGCCUCGCUCUGCCUGGUGCUCAGCCUCAGCUGCCUGCUCUUGAGCCUCCUGCACGGCUACUGCGGCGCGGAGCUUUGCGCGACCUCGCGGGGCGCGCUGGGGAGCGAGAGAGGUAACUGGUUCCUGCUGGAGAGCCGAAAAGUGAGACAUGUGGCUGUUGGUGUGUUUUGCUGCACUGUUUCACUCUACUUAGCAGCCCUCUCGAUGUAUGCGCUGCUGCUGUUAGAGAGACAAACAGGAAUCACCUGUGCCUGCAUCUUCUCCUCUGGGGUCAUCGUCCUGAUCAUCACGGUGAUCCAUGUGCUCGUCCGGGCUUCCAAAGCCAGCCAGCGCAGCCCAGGAGAGCUGUCGCACACUCUUUAUGAGAACGACUCGGCCCACAGUGGCGAACCCCCCGCCGUUCAUCUCAGCGAUGCCCCAAAUAUGGCCUCUCCUCGGCCACGUCUGGAAAUCCAGCAAGAGGUUUCAUACCUGCCCUGUGUGGAACAGAAGUCCUACCAGACCACCGCAGCGAGCAGCACCAACGUCACAUCCUCGGACAGCGUUGCGCUGACCCUGGAGAAGGAGGGCUGUAGCGUCCCCAGGAUGCACCGGAUGCUUUCGGCAGAGUCUGGCCUUCUGCUGAGCCGUGGAAAGCCCUGGCACGGGGUGAGGCAGGAAGUGAGGAAAGCCCUGUCUCGCAAACCAGCGGGGUCAGGCAAAGAUUCGACCUUGGUGUGAAAUCUCAGAAAGUGGGGACAUCCUUAUCCCCCAGAGAUCUUCAACAUGCAGACAACCCUUGCUUAUUUUCGUAUGAAGGAACCCUCGUGAUCCCUUUAUGGCUUCACAUGCUGCCUCAUUGACUCACCGGAAGUCGGGUGACAGCCACAUUGAGAUUCCUUUAAAAGGAGAUUAAGGUCAGCCCACGAGGUAGACCAGGCCAGAAAAUCAACUCCACAGGAAGGCCAGAACGACACUUUAUUGAGAUAGGCUAUAACCACAGAAUCUUGCAAGCCUGAUUUUGCUGUACCCACCCGCCCUUGGAUCAGGGCGGGAUUGGCCUGAGCCGCUUUCGAAUAUUACCUUGAUUCCCAGGAUUUAAAGAGUGUUUCUGACUUCUUUACCUAGGCAAUGGCUCUUGCAUAGUUCUGUCAAGGUUACCUCCCUUACUCUCAACAAUUAGAAGAAUUCACAUAAUAUGGACGGUUUGAUUCUCGUAAGGAUGUCUACGCAGAUCGUCCACCUUCAAAGGAGAACUUUGCCAUACAGAAAUCUGUAGCGAUUAGGACUCAGGAAAGCCAAAGUCUGUAAUGCAGACUUCCCCCCCAAGCCAUGAAUGAAUUACGUGCCUUUAGUGAUUUAGCGAGAACCAUUAUCCAGCGCUCCAUGCUUUUACUUGAGCAAGAAAUGGAAUGUAGGCAUGGCCAAGGAGAAAAGUGAGCCGGCAUAUGCAAAUGACACUCAGAAUUCCAACAGAAUUCUCCACUUCAGCCCAACAAGAGAAAAAAUCCACAUUUCUCCAGCCUCAUAAUAAUGGUGGGAGACCAUAAUUCGGACCUACCCUGGAGAGCUACUGCAAA